GCCCCGGACAGCGUGAGGGACUGCGUGCUCACUAACCAAUCCGCUGGCUCCCUACACAUCACCUGCCAAGGCCGGGGCGGAUGGCGGCCUCACGCAGACCUUCAGGGCGGAGGUGUACACUGGAGGAUCCAGCAAGCCUGUGCGAGUGUUGGAGGGCAUGUCACCAGUGUUCACUCUCGAGGGUCUGGCUCCGGGCGGCGACUAUGUGGUCACUUUAACUGCCAUCAACCGCAAGGGCACCUCCCCACCCGUCUCCCUCGAGGCCUUCACGCUAAAGGUCGCCGAGAAUAGAAUGAUCUCCUCCUCGCCCGCCGUGGCAGUCUCCGGGGUGUCCAGCAGCCAGCCGGAGCCGGAAGAGGUGGAGGGCGGCGCUGUGUCUCCGCUCCUGGGCGUGUUCCUGGGCGUAGUGGGGGCGCUGCUGCUCCUCGCCGCCGCCGCCAUCUUCAUCACACGGCGACACUGCUCCCGCAACCCUGGCAGGACUCCAGACUUAGUGGCGGGACAAGAGCUGGAGGUGAAGGGCGGCGCGGGCGAGGCCACCGCGACCAAGGGAGAGGUGGUGGAGAACCCGGACCUGACGGAGGCAGACCCUUUCCUGGCCACGUCUGAGGGCAGCACAGGAACGGCCUCCACCCCGGCCAGCGCUGGGGCAGGGGCGGCUGUGUUCACUAUCCCCGCGCACAUUCCUCCCCCGCCCCAGUACUGCUCAGCUUCCUGUAACGACUUAUCGCCCACCCAGCACGCUCUGCAGCACUCAGCAGGCCCCCAGCACCAUGUCCCCUGCACUAUGGAUAGUCAGCACACGGUUUCCCGCCCCACGCCCACCACUCAGCACCCAAUGCACCACUCUCAAGGGCCUCAGCAGACCCUUCAACGAUCCUCUCCCUUGCAGCACUGUCUCCAGCGCUCCUCCUCUCUGGAACAGUGUGCGGGACAGACCUGCGUGAUGCGCGGCUCACCCCCACUGCGGUCCCAGCAGCAGCACCACGGCACCCCGGCGGCCAUUUCCAUGCAACACCCCGCAGCACGCCCGCAGAUCAUCUACACCACGGGCACGGACGUGGCCCUGCAGGGGCCGCAUCACCCGGCCGCCAUCCACUACGUGCAGCCUCACGCGGGCCUGGUGGGGGACACCCAGCUGCCGGCAGGACACCACAUGGGCCUGGGCCUGGUGGCCAGCCACUUAGGGGGAGGGGCGCCACCCCAGCAGAGGACCCUAGUGACCCAAGGGAGUAUAGAACACCCCCAGAGCCCCCGGUAACGCACUCCAGCCCCAAGAGUAGGGCCAAGCACGUGACUUGGACAGGCGGACCCACUCACGGCGAGGAGAGUGCUGUGUAGCACGUGUAGCCUCGCACGGCGCGGCCCCGCGACCUUCGCGUGCUCUGUCUCACUUCAGGAAAUCAGGUUCAAUUCAAUAUUAGCGACUCGUGUCAGAAAGGCACGCGAGACCGAACUUAUAUUUUCUCUCUUCCUUCCUGCUCUCGCUGUGGAAAUGGAAAACUACCACACCACCUUACUUAUCAUACUUAUUACUACACUCAUACACGUAUUAGGAAUACACUACACCACCAUACUUAUGACUACAUGGGUAGACUUGGUACUACUAAAACUUAGUGUACACACACACACACACACACACACACACACACACACACACACACACACACACACACACACACACACACACAUACACACACACACACACACACACAAACACACACACGUAUAAACGUAGUUCAUUCAUUCUUUGAUAUUUGCACAAUCAGCACUUUUAGAGAGAGAGAGAGAGAGAGAGAGAGAGAGAGAGAGAGAGAGAGAGAGAGAGAGAGAGAGAGAGAGAGAGAGAGAGAGAGAGAGAGAGAGAGAGAGAGAGAGAGAGAGAGAGAGAACAUUUUGAUUUAUACAACACAUUUUAGACUGUUAGCUGCCACACAUAAGGGGCAGAACCAUCAUUACUAUUAUACAUACAGACGGUGACUACAUAGGACGUAAGGCAAACAAAGCAACAGUAAGGCUCCGUAGCAAUACAAACGAGUUAACAAGACAAUUAACAAACACACCACCAGGUAUCACUAGUUCACUCCUCGCCGGGACGCACCUGUUGCUUACCUCACCACCUUAAUUAACCCGACACUCCGACAUCCUUUUUGUAGACUGUACAUAAACUUCUUCCUCUCUCCUUACGGUCUUACACGGUUUUGUGUGGACGCCUCUUCAGUCACUAUUCAGGCUUAGGAAAAUGUGGAGGAAGUAGUCAGCCUCAAUUAUAAGGACAAAAUUGUGUUCAUUUGUUUUCCUUCUCUCGUCUUCCUUUCCUUUCCCUUUUUUACUUUUUUUCAUCUAUCUUCAGACUACAAAUUUAUUCUUUCAGUAAUUCUCCUUUGUAUCUUCAGCGUCCUUCCUCUCACUCACUUUUCUUUCUUCUUUCACCUAUGACAUAUUAGUAUAACAUGAACACCAUUACAAAACAAACAAGUAAGCAAGAGUCAACUGAGGAGGGGGAAAAAAAAAGUCUCUCUCUCUCUCUCUCUCUCUCUCUCUCUCUCUCUCUCUCUCUCUCUCUCUCUCUCUCUCUCUCUCUCUCUCUCUCUCUCUCUCUCUCUCUCUCUCUCUCUCUCUCUCUCUCUCUCUCUCUCUCUCUCUCUCACAUUAACAGAUACUUCAGCUUGAACACGACUGACAGAGGGAAGAGGAAGACAGUUAAGGGCGGAAUGAAGUGUACUGAAGAGACAGGAAGAGGAAUGCUGCGAGGGAGGAUCUUGCAGAGGGCUCUGAGGGAAAGGAAGGGAAGGGAAGGUAAGGGCAAGGGACGAGGAUGCAGUAUUGAUGAAAAAAGGGAGUAAGUAAAAAGUGAAAGUGUAUACAACUGGAAGGGAAGAGGAGCGAAGGAGGGAGGGAGUUACUAGGGUGGUGAGUAAAAAAAGAAUGUCACAAGGGGUGAAGUAUUAUAGAGUAAAAGAAUGGUGUGCGUGUGUGUGUGUUAAAUGGGGAGAACAAUGAAAGGGUUGAGUUUGUGUGGUGGAAAAAUGGCGAGAGAUAUAUGUGUGUAUGAGAAUAAGAGGCAGAGUGAGAGGAUAAAGCUGAAAAAAAAAAUUGAUGUGAAACCGAAAAAAAUGUCUGUAUAGAGAACUUACUAAAAGCUAACUGUAUCACUUAUAAAACAACCUAAACCCAGUUUGCAUAUUUUCUUAAUUGAAAUCAAAACGCAUGUAAAUAGUCAGCGCAAACCUUGACGGCAUUUUUUCCAUGUUAUUCCUACGAGAAAUAUACGAUAGAUGAUGAAAACACCGGAAAUAGAAGAUUCGUUGUGCAUGAGAGAGAGAGAGAGAGAGAGAGAGAGAGAGAGAGAGAGAGAGAGAGAGAGAGAGAGAGAGAGAGAGAGAGAGAGAGAGAGUAGUGAUCAAUUACUGAAAUCUUUUAGGAUUUAAACUUUAAUAACCAGAGCGAAGUUAUAUUGCAAUUUUAAAAUAUUUUGCUCCAUCAGAAACAUCUACAUUUCAUUCUAAUUUGCUGGAAAUAGCAGAUCUCUCCUAGUACUGUCUUUAUGAGCCCAUUUAAUCGAAAUUUCUUCCUCCUCUCUUUUUGUCUUUUUAUCAUGCGAAUAUAUUGCACUGCGACUGACUGAUCUCCAUCGUCACCCCGGUUUUCGAAAACAUGAAACAAAAUCAAAUUGCUCUCUGAGAAUGGAAAAGGUUCAAAACACAGAUUUCACAUUGGUGUUACAUAGAGGAAAGAAUUGGAGAGAGAGAGAGAGAGAGAGAGAGAGAGAGAGAGAGAGAGAGAGAGAGAGAGAGAGAGAGAGAGAGAGAGAGAGAGAGAGAGAGAGAGAGAGAGAGAGAGA